UUUUGAUUAUUGGAUUUCGUGUUUUGCUGACUAAAGCACAACAGCAAUUUAACGUUUUUUGGAAUUUGCCCAGUAGAAUUUUAACUGUCGGGAACUUUCUCUUCCCGGUUUGCCGCGUUGACGUCACCGAGUUGCUAAGCGACACACAAAACCGACAACUUCUGUCGCUAACUGCUGUGGUUGAAGUUCUGUUGCGUUUUCCUGGAUUUCAUGACAGAUGAAUACAGGUCACGAGGUGGGCGCAUGACGGCUACAGGCGGUGUAAAUCUGGUCUCGCGCGCGUUUGGAGGGUUUCUAGCCCCCAGAACGGUAACGUCCGUUCGCCAUAAACGGACAGGGGAAGCCAUUGAUGGCAGGGAAACAUUUUCUCAGUCGAAUAUGUGCAACUCGGAGCGUCAAAAUGCAGAGGAACGCCGGGAGCAGACACCGUCCGAGUCACGUUCCAUGUUUUGCCUUCCGCUCGCGGAGCGUGUGGACGGCUACGUGUCUGUGGGCGUCGCCGAAUGCCGCGUGAUUCACAACCCGUAUUCGUUCGUACUACUUUAAGCGCCAUCUUGUUUGUAACUCCCCUACGUAAGUGGCCGAGUCUGUGCAGAGAAGGAGGAGGAGGAGGAUCCAAUUACUUCAUUUUUUCAGUUUGUUUCCCUCCCCCAGUCUGGGAACCUCUUCCCCGCACUGUAGUGCUCCGGCGUGUAUCUCUCUUUCAUCCAGGCAAGCGUUUUGCCACUGGACAGAAAUGAGCAUCGAAACGCUUCUGGAAGCUGCCAAGUUUUUGGAAUUACAAGCCCAGCAACAACAGAAAGCACGUGAAGAUGAGCUAAAAGAGAAGCUGCUCCUGCAGCAGAAGACGGCGUAUCUCUUCCCCGAUGUCAACUACAACUCAACGGUCCACGUCAACAAUGUCCCCAAACCAGCUGAGCAUCUCCCUGAGUGCCGCCCGCCACCCAUGCCCCCCUCCCUGCCCGUCGCCGUCUUCCCCAUCCCCGUGGUCACCCCCAACCCCGCCGGGUCGCCCACGCUGCCGGUUACCGCCCUUUCCCCUCCGCUCGCUCCGUCCCUGGCUAUCCCUACCAGAGGCCCCCAGUCCCCUCAGGAGCAAAGCGCCGCGAGGUGCUCCCCGCCCCCCGCGGCCCCCGAGCUGACCGCCGGCCACAUGCAGCCCAUCCAAAACCACCACAGCCCCCCUCAGCUCUUCGAUCAAACCAGCGCUAAAGCGCCGCAGCAGGUGGUCCAGUGCUACGCGGGUUCGAUCAUCUCCGCCCCGCAGCACCAAGCUUUACUGCCCCACCCGAGCCCCCUGCUUCAGCCCGCCCCCCCACAGAACGGCACCAUCGGCCGAGGGAGUCCUCCUGACGACAGCCGCCAGCUGGACGGCAAGAAGAGGCCCGGAGGGGCCGGGACGAGAGAAGUGCACAACAAACUAGAGAAGAACAGGCGGGCACACCUGAAGGAGUGCUUCGAGACGCUGAAGAAGAACAUCCCCAACAUCGACGAGAAGAAAACCUCCAACCUCAGCGUGUUGAGAAGCGCGCUGAGGUACAUCCAGACGCUGAAGCGCAAAGAGAAGGAGUACGAGCACGACAUGGAGCGGCUGGCCAGGGAGAAGAUCGCCACCCAGCAGCGGCUGGCGGAGCUGAAGAACGACGUGAGCCAGUGGAUGGACGUGGUGGAGAUCGACCGGGUCCUCAGGCAGACGGUGCAGCCGGAGGAGGACCAGGCCUCAACCUCCACUGCUUCAGAGGGCGAGGACAUCAUGGACGACGACCCGGAGGACACGAGCGCACAGAGAGCACCGGCCGCCUUACCAGCUGCCCCCCACAGCGUGAAACCCGAGCUGCUCCAGAUCGUAGCGCAGACCCCCGCCGUGACCCCGGCCACCACCGCCUCCAUCGUCACCCCGCACAUCUCCACCCUGAGCAAAGCCGCGCCGCACCAGCCCCUGCCAGGAAACCCUGCGCCGCCGCCGCAGGCCAAGUCUGGAGCUGCACCCAUACUCCCGGCCCCCACGUCCAGCACCCCUCGCCCCCCCUCCUCCUCCUCCGUCCCCGCCCAGACCCCCGCCGCCCUGCAUCCGACAGUCAUCGCCCACGCCUCGGUGUCCCACCCGUCAGUCAUUCAGGCGGUAAACCACGUCCUCCAGGGAGGGGGUCCCAAACACGUGACCCACCUCGCCCCCUGCACCACCAGCAGCUCCGUGCAGCUAGCCAGCCCCCAGCCCAUCGGCCACAUCACCGUGCACCCGGUGGCUCACCUCAGCCAGCACAUGCCGGCCUUCUACCCGCAGCAGGUGGCGGUCACGCAGCCGGCGGUGGUGGGCCACAUCGCCCACGCUCUGAACAACGGCCACGCCCACGUCAACGGCACCCCCCACACGCAGGUGACCGCCGCCACCAUCGUGGGUAAGCAGACAGCGGUGAGCGCUCAGAUGAUGGCGCACCACCCGCAGCUGAUGGGUCAGACGGUGCUCAACCCCGUCACCAUGGUGACCAUGCCCUCCUUCCCCAUAAGCACGCUGAAGCUGGCCUGAGCAGCGCCGCCCAAGACGAGACGGGAAGGAGGCCCCCCGGACUGGGAUGGGGGGGGGGGCGCGGACCCGGAGCAGGCGGGGAGCCGCCAGACGGUCACCGCUGCUACAACUGGUGUCAGGAAGGAGGCGGCGGAGGAGGAGGAGGCACGUGCUCAUCAGCUGUGCCCGUAGGAGGAGAGGCACGCCCGCUUCCUGUCUGACUUCUCUAAGACGCCAUGGUUGCUGCAGGUGAUGAAGCAGGAGAUGUUUUCACAUCAUGCCGCCGCUCUGCCUCUGUUUAGCGUUGGAUCAGAGCGGAGCAGGGAGCCAGCGCUGUGAGGACAGGACUUAGAGCAGCUCCUCCUCCUCCUCCAGCAGCAGCACAUGCUGUCCGGCUGGAGCAAAGUCCUGGACCGAACUCCACCCUGGGCCCCAGAGCUGGAGUCAGCGGUGACACGGCCCACAGCUGCAGCGCCCCCUGCUGUCUGUCGGCGCACAAUGUUAAAAAAAAAAACCACUGUGGCGAUCAUGAGAAUCACGGCCGUUUAGAGGAGAAUCACGUGCAGUUUUGGUCUCGACAAUCAAAGUUUUAGCUGUUACCCGUGACCAGAACCUGCAGCUGUGCGCGCGUAGAGUCCAGUUAUGUACUCACUGCUGCUCAGAUUACCAAAUAUUUUUGCCAAAUGGAAUCAGGUGCGGCAUCAGAACAGCCGAGCGGGCUGCUUUAUCUAUUUUUAUGAUCACACGACUAAACGCUGCUCAGAGGUCAGACGCAUUUAAAUAUACAAUCCGUGGCAUCUUUGUACACCAAGUGCAGCGAUUGCUCUGCCAUGGGUAUAAAGUUGAACAACAGAUGGGAAUGAAUCAUCCUUUAACGAAGCCGGCACUGUGAACAUUUCUACAGAGAGCAACGCAGCACUUAGAGCAGCGACACUCCACGCGCUCUGACACCAACCUGAAUGUACUGAUCUGUGGGAGCAUUGGAGCGAUCAUAUAACCAGGAUGUAUGUAGAUUGAAAUAUUUACAGCUGAUUUUUUUUUUUUUUUUACUGUUGCUCAUUUGUCCUGAUGAAUAAUUGGUGUUUAUUGUAAAUUUUCUAAUAUUCUUUUUCCACUGGGACCAUGACUGUAUAUAAAAGGUGGCGACAGACCUCCUGCUAUUCGUACCAUGUUUGGCCACUUAAACAUUUCUCCCUGAUGUUUUUGUCUUUUAUAAUAUCACCGCAGGGGCGUUUUCUUUUUGUUUCUAGAGCAAAGAUAAAGAAAAACUUUUCCCACCGUCGUUACUAUAUGCAACAGAUUUAGGCCGACUGCGUCGCUGCAAAAACUAAUAGUUCACAGGGAGGAAUACUUGAAGAAGCAACAGUAAACUUGUUUUUCCCUAUGGAGAAAAUUCAAAGUGUAUACAGUUUUUAAAUGUUGGACUGCUUAUAAAUCUAACUGUAUUAUGUGAAAGCACUCUGAAGAAUGUCAAAUAUAAAGUUUAUAAGAUAUUAAAUGUUAUGUUUACAAAUGUG